CGAGCCAGGGCCAUCCAGCUGGGACCACUAGCCGGGGCUAGUGCCGCCCCUCCCCUGCCAGGGUCAAAGAUGGCGGCCGCCCUGAGGCGCCGCCCGCUGUAGAGGCCGUGGCGCCAUGGACGGCUUCGUGGCCGAGGCGGGCAGCGCCCUGCUGCCGGCCCUGCACCUGCCCUGCGUGCCGCAGCACUUCUACCGAGCCGCAUCUUCCCAUGAACAUAAAUUAAGCUUCAAGAAGAACAAGGAAAUAUGUUUAAGUUACAUUCAGGAUGCCAUACUACAGAAGCAGUGGAAAAGAGCUGCAGAGUUCCUGAUCUUCUACGUUGAGUCAAUAGAGAAAGAUUAUUCUACAGAAUACAUGGGUCCAUCAGAGAUUCUUUGGAGAAUAGGAACAGAAGUUUUUUGCAACCACUCACAUAGCAGCAUAGGAGAGUUCAACUCUUUCAUAGAACAGAUGAAAACCUUGGGAGUAAAAAGGUAUUUGAAGGUUUGUUUAGAGCAUGCCUUCCAUCUCCUUUGUAAUGGACUAAUAGAUGAAGCCUACCAAAACCUGUCCCUGGCUGAAAGCUGGAGGUUUGGAGAACAAACAACUGCUCAGGAUAAAGAGAUGAAACUGGUUCAGGCUUACAGGGGACUGCUGGACUACUACAGCUGGUCCAAGAAGAAGAACAUCCUCUUAGAAUAUGAGAAGCAUGGACUUGAAGACUCGUCUGUUGAACGGGAAAUGCACAGUUGCUUUCGGAAGGCAGCAAUGAGCUUAAAGGAGAUCAUUAAAAUACCUGGAGUCUGGGAUCUCUUUGUGAAAUCCUAUGUGGAUUUGUUGGAGUUCUACGGAGACCACCAGGAAGCUCGCGAAGUAUUAAGUGAAUAUGCCUACAACUCAAAGUUUCCAUCUAAUCCCAACGCUCAUGUUUACUUCUAUCAGUUCCUAAAGAGACACGGCGCAUCAAAGAAAUCACUUGUAUCUGCACUCAAGAUCUUGCAUGAUAUUGUUCCCUCUCAUGAACUAAUGAUAGACUUUAAUAUCAUGCUCCAAAAAUCAAAGAAACGAAAGAAACGUCGACUGGGGCUAGAAGUAAUUUUUGCAGCCUUGGAUUAUGCUGGCUCGAAAGAAAAUGUAAAGGCGUGGAGUUGUUUGGCCAGACAGGUGAAACAAAUUGUAAAUUCUGAGAAGCAUCUUGACUGGAUCAAGGAAGAGUGGAACUCCAGAAAGGACUGGUGGCCUGCCUUCCAUUUUAGCCGCUACUUAGCGAAAAGGAAUUGGCAGGAAAAUGAAAGCCUUACAUAUGAAAAAGCUCUGGUGGCUGGAAUCUUACUAGGAAAAGAUUGUAAGUACUUUAAAUACGUAUCACACCAAGGCUGCAAAGCUCAGGUGAAAAGAUUUCGAACGCUGAAGAAAUUUGUGAUUAGGCACGGUCCCGUCUUCCCGAGAAUAUCUGGUCUUUGAGGUUCCUCUGUACACUGGGAUUAGAAGGUGUCUUUGAGGCUCUUACUGUAUUUGUUUCUUCUCUGUGGAACUGACUUCUAUAUUGGUACUGCUCUAAGAAGGCAGACCCUAUCAACUUAGUAGGCUUGUUAUAUAUUUCUGUUUUAAAAGAAAGUUGCUAUGGUUUUUAUUUACUUUACAAUAAAGUGACUAUUAAACAUAUAGGGUUGAAGAAUUUCUUUAAUAUUAGUCCCAUGCUUUUGUGUGAAAUGUAAACAACACUGAUUUCAAAUACACCUUGAAAAGUAUUUGGUAAUUGUGGUAUAGAAUGCUUGUAUCAAUAAUAUUGUAGGGUUGAUCCUUUAUAUGUUCAGAUGUAUAGAUGGUGAUUUAAAAGGCUGCUGGAAGGUAGUUCAAAAUCCCUUCACAGCCAGCUGUAGCAUUCAUAAUGGCUGUUGUGCCUUAACCUAGAAGCAAUAUGUGAUACAGUGUGAAGAUGAGUUUCUCAACCUGUAAACGUUACGUAACGUGUGCUUAUAACUGACUUCCUGAAAUAUAUGGAAAAUAGGGAGAGGUCUAUAGCUUAGUUCUUGCAUUGUAUAUUGAGAAUAAUUGUAGGUCAUGAAGCUCUGUUGCAUACUGCUCAAGUAGAUGAGGCAUUUCAAUGAAUCCAGUAUGUUUUCCUGCAUGUGACAUCUGUGGGUUGGGUCCAGUUCAGGGAACUUCUUCAUGUUGCUGGUAGCAGUGAGGGAAGGUUGCUGCAGUUGCAUGGUUACAGAGGAAAGCUCGUGUUCCAGAGUCUGAGAGAGAAAAGGCAGGGAACUACUGAAAACUUCACGACCUUGGAAGAGACUUGCUAGAACCUUUUUUUGCAGUCUUGCCUAGGAGCUGAAAUACACACUGUUGCUGUGUUUAGAAAGCAAACGUUAACGUGUUGUCAUAAGCUAGCAUUCUGGUUCAUUUAAAAACAACAACGUUUCCAAAUACUACUCCUGUCUUAAUGGCAGGUCUGUAGAACUCCUGUGGAUGACCUGCUUGAACCACACCUGGGAACGAAAUAAAGAUGUCUUUAACAGCA